AGGGAGAAUAUUGUAGUAUGAGAGGUUUACCUACACCAUUCUACCAUUUUUAAUCCACAAAGUGGGGGCAAGGGGUGCAAAGAGACCCCGAUGGUCUGACCAAGUUCAGGUGUGGAGGUGUACCCUGGGUAAUUGAUCCUGGCAAUCAGUCGUAUUUAGUCAGCCGCCAUUUUCAGUCUCGGUAACCCCAGCCUUUGUUCAUAAUUCAGCCGAAGUCCGUCGCUUCGCCGACAUUCAGGGCGAAAUAUGUCAAGGCGGAAGCAGGACAACCCCCAACAACUCCGGAGAUCCCUAGACGAUGAGGACGAAUCCCAGGGAAUCUUGGAAGGGGAGGAAGCCCCGCCCUUCGACCUCAUCAAGUGCGGCGAGUGCAACGCCGACUUUGCCUUGGCUGACAUAGUCAAGUUCAUCGAGCACAAACGGAAAUGCUACCCCCGGGUAGACCCCAUGCAGCUGAUGGCCUCGUCCACCGACGCGGCGGAGGAGAUGGACGAGGUGGGCCUCAGGAAGACAGAGACAGAAGAAGGGAAGAGGGAGGGGGAGGAGCAAGCCAAGGAGGAGGAGAGGGCGGUCGCCAUCACAGACGUGGUGGUCAGGACCGAGAAGCCAAAGAUUAUCACCCCGAUUAAAAGGAUUUCGUCGUCUUCAUCAGUGCAGAGAGAUCCCGUCUCCCCGCGGGUCAAGCAGACGCAGACACAAACUGCAGAGCCUGACCAGUCGAAGACCUACAUUUGCUGCUCAUGCAAGGAUAUAUUCGAUGAUGCUGUAAGCCUCCUGGAACAUGUGCAGUGUGAUCAUGGAAUGCAGAUUUACCAGCAACCCUGGAAGACAAGAGAUAGUAACAGUACCGUGUCGGAGUCUAGCUCUCACAGCUCCGGCGAGGCCAAGACGUCCCGGAAGACAUACUCCCCGCAGUCCCCGGACAGCGAUGUCAAGCUGGUCAUGCCUUCUGUGUCCACGACGCCCUCUUCCUCGUCCGCGCCCCCUCUCCCCCCCUCACAUCCGCCCCUCCCGCCGGCCCUCCCCAUACCCCCUGCCUCAUCCGUUGCGGCUCCACCCGCCCACCACCAACCCCCGCUGCUAGUGCACAGCCCCCACGCCCACCAUGCAGUUCACCCCCUGGAGGGCAGCUCGCUGUCGGUCUACAUGCAUCCGCCGGCUGGCGAGCAGCACAUACUGCCGGAGAGGAUGUACGCGGGCCCCAUCAACCCAACCCAGUGCAUGACCCUGAGAGACGUGCUGGCAACGGAGCGAGCCAAUCUGAACAGCCACAUGCUGAUGACACCGCAAGGAUUUGAUCGUAGCUCCCAUCCGACCUUCUCCUCCACCAAUACAGCAAUAGACAUGGACAUGUACUCACAGCGACUGCGAGAACUGGCCGCCGCGGGCCCAAUGAACCCACCCAAAAAGAAGAGUUUUCACUACCCAAUCUACAGCCCCCGGUUCAAGUCCCCAUUCUCGCCCAAGGUGAAAGCGUGCGAGUUUUGCGGGAAGACGUUCAAGUUUCAGAGCAACCUGAUUGUACACCGGCGGUCUCACACUGGGGAAAAACCCUACAAAUGCCAGCUGUGCGACCAUGCUUGCAGUCAAGCGAGCAAGCUGAAACGGCACAUGAAAACGCACAUAAACAAGCCACCAUCUACCCUGACGUCCCCAUCGUCUGGACCGAACCUGAGUGAUGACGGGGUCUCGGGAGAGACUAGCGCCAGCUCCCUGAUCAAAACAGCAGUGGACCGCUACAUGAGCGAGACCAAGUUUUCCAACAAGGACACGUCCAUCGACGGCGACGAGAAUGAAGACGAUGAAGAGGAGGAAGAAGGGGAGGAGGAAGAGAUGGAAGGGGAGGACGAGGAGGAGGAGAUGGAAGAAAUCAGUAGCGAUGAGGCCAACAUCGGUGAGAGGUCAUCAGACACUGAUGGCCUACCCCAGUCCAGCCACCGAGAUGACAACCAUGAUGAGAAGGAGAAUCACUCUUCGCUCCUGAGCGAGGUGAUGAAGCACACUGGUCUGAGCGAGAUACAGCAGUACAGUGAAGCCUACCAGCAGGCUGUAGCCGAGAGAUACCGCACCAGCCGCCGCCACUCGUCCAGACUAGAACAGCACAUGGUCCGGGAGCGGCAGCUGAAGGAGCCGAGGAGUGGAGACUCCACGCUGCUCAGGGAGGUCUUAGCUGGCCCUAGCUACCACUCUCCGGAGAAGGAGCGAUCCCCGACCAGGUCCCCGAGGAAUGCCAUGUCGGGGUUGGAGGAGGUGACCAAGCGCAUCAAGGUGGAGCCUCCGAGUACGACGUGGGGGCCCGAGCCCAGCAACUUUCCCAGUAAGGACCCCUACAAUCAAUCGCCGGUCUUGAUGCCAUCGCAGAGUAGCCCCUCUGCGAGUGCCACCAACGGAACGGUGCCAAGCUACUACAGUGGGAGCAACAGCACCGGCAGGCCUGCCCAUUCCAGCCCUUCGUCGUCUAUGCCCUACAGCAGCCUGGCCCUGCACAAGUCCCCGAAGGAGCUGGCCAUCGACCGGCGCACCGGCACCUGCGAGUUCUGCGGUAAAGUAUUCAAGAACUGCAGCAACCUGACAGUGCACCGCCGCAGCCACACUGGCGAGAAGCCCUACAAGUGCGAGCUCUGCCCCUAUGCCUGCGCUCAGAGCAGCAAGCUGACCAGGCACAUGAAGACGCAUGGGCAGGGUGCCAAGGAGGUUUUCAAGUGCGAAGUGUGCGGGAUGCCUUUCUCGGUUUACAGCACACUUGAGAAACACAUGAAGAAAAGCCACUGGGGCAACAUCCGAGGCACCACCCGUUGACAAAACCCACACGUUCAAAUUCCUUUCAUUCUAGGAAGACUUUCCAUACACCUAACUGUAUUUGUCAACUGAUUGCAUCUUUAUACAGAUUAAUCCAUUUCUACAUUAAAAAAAAAACAGAGAGAACAUUGAGAAUGCAAUAAUUAAAAAAAAAACUGAAAAUCACAGAUACCAAUGCAGCAAGAAGCCACCAGAAAUUGACUUAAUCCCUAGAAUAUAUCUCCCAAUGAAAGGUGGCCCAACAUUGAGAGAAAUUCUGUCAUGUGUCACAGUUUUCUCUCAAAGCAGGUGAUGUACUAUUUGAGGGUUGGAAAUCUUUACAAAGAUCUGUGGCGAUUGAAAGAUUUCUUCCAGCUGCAACACCCUCUGUGUUCCUGUGCACAACUUGUUUUGUUAGCCGUCCAGAAAAUUCACCAUUUUGAAAAUUAUCGCAGCUCAGAAUGCACUUGAUUUUGAAGUUGAUAUUUGACUGGACUCUAUACAAAACAGAUCAUCAGCUAACCACAAUCCACCUUUACAUUCAAAAUGUUUCAAGUAAUUGAAAUUAUGUUGAUUCUAGCAAGACUGUUGAAAACCAUAUUUUCCCCCAAUGUGAGAGGAGUCGUUGAAGGCACUUGAUAACAGUGAUUGAUGAUUUCGUCAUCUCUUGAUUUUUCAAUGUACAUGUACUUAGGAGAGAUUUUACUCAAUUUACAAAUGUUCAAAUGCAUUUGGUAUGCACAAUGAAAGUUCUUGUCCUUUUGUUUUACACCUCUUGUAAGUAACAAAUAUUUUCGGGAGUGGAUUUUUUUCACUUUGUGAAAUUCUUUGAGAUUGUAUGGAUAACCACUUUUGGACAGGGGGUAUAUUAUUGUUUUCCUUUUCAAAUUAAUCCAAAACUAGUUUGGAUUUCUUUUGGAACUGUGUAAUGCACUAUGUAUGGAGAGCUGUGCAGUGCGUGUUGAAUGCGCCAUCCUGUGACAGACCUUGCGUUGCCCAAAACACCAGUAUUUAUCCUGUCUUGGAAUGGAUGAAUUCCUUAGAUGCUGCAGUGUUCUGGUUCAAGGGCGCUUUGCAGGCUCGUCACGUACUGCACAGCGAUUGGCCAAAAUGUGAGAUUUCACUUGGCGAAUAAACUGAGUGCAUCAGACAGUUAUUAAAAAGUUGCACAGAUUGUCCAACACGCUUAUACUCAGACCGUUGUACACAGUUACCGUGGGCACCGUUUAAAAGCAAGUUAAUAAAUUUGGGGUGUUGUACGUGUGGAGGUUGACUUGUGCAAUAUUUAAAGAAAAUUUCAUCACUUUUCUUUUUCCUGCACUCACUGAAUAAGAGUGUAUCAUAAACAAUGUACAUGUAACACCUAGACAGAAUUAGUUGGAAUUGAUGAUGUAUUAAGGUUUGCAGCAUACAUGUAGGUUGGACCGUGAUUCCUUGGAAACUUGAUCGGGGUUGGGGAGCAUGUUUAAUUCUCGUAUCACCUGCAGCUGUGUGUAUACAGUAAGUUUGUAUAUUAUAUAUGUGAAUGUUAUAGGACGAGGUACAGGUAGUUAUUUUGCAUACUGGGAAGAAAAGAAAUGAAGUGGUGGUGCUUCUUCUAUCAUGUGUUUCUCCCUCUUCGUGCUGGUAUAACCAGAGAGGCAUCGUUUCCCCAACAAGGUUGGGGUAGCUAGUUAGUUAAAAGUUAGCGUUUAACAAACGUUACGUGUGCCAAAGCUGUGUAAGUGAAUGAGGGGAACCUGGUUCCUAUCAUUUUUAGGUUUUUUUUGUUUUGGUUUUGUUUUUUGGCCCUUCCCCCCUUUUGUUUUCCAUUUUUUUUUUGUCUGUUACUGCAUCUUUUACUUGUACGUACAUGUAGUUUGUAAUCUGGCAUUAUAAUGCGUGUAAAUAGACCUGUAAUAUGCAGCUGGCUUCCAAAAUGGCUCUUUGUUACAAAUAUACAAAUAUAAGAUAUAUAUUAUAAUUACUUCUUGCGUGAAUUUAGAAACAAAACAAAAAAAUGGUGUCUGGCUUUUUUCUCCUUGUUUGUGCAUUUUUUUUUUAUACAUUAAAAGCAUGAGUUAUGGAUAUGAUUAAUGUUUAGGGCUAUGUAAAAGCCCAGUACAUCUAUCCAUGUAUGAAAUACAUGGAUUGACUGUAAUCACCAGUGGAAAUCACAUUGCAGCUGAAUUGAGUCACUAACUGUCAAAACUAAAUGUGAUAGGAGGUAAAACUGACAAUUAAUGUAUGUAAAGUCUUUGAAAAAAAAUUACUAUUAACGUUAUUGGAGCCAUCUUAAGCUUAAAGCAAAAUAGAGAUUUGAAAAAUCUACAACCUUGAGUCUGGCCUUGUAGGAACUUUACUGUAUACGAACCUAAAUCUUUAAAUUUAUGCAAAUGAUGAGACAAUGAAGUUUUGGUGCUUAGAGUUGUAGAGCGUUCACACGGUUAGAGAAACCACAAGGUGAGUUUUGUGUUCAUUCUGAGGAAAAGUUAUUCAGUUUGUCCCACAGUGUCGGGAGUAUGGGCAUGUGCCCAUAAUGAGAUAGAAGGUGUGUGCGUUAGAUUGUUACCAGUGUGGGCGUAAUGCACAGUUAAAUGCAAAACCUUUGGAAAGAAUUCCCAUUGUUUAUCCCCUUCUUACCUGACCGUCAGAGAUGCAAAUAAACUCAUCCUUCUAUGUACACUUUCUUCACCCGAUAGACUGCAUCAUUGACGCUAUUUUGCAGUCUAUCUUAAUCACACAUUGCUGCUUUUUUAUAUAGAGUUUUUAACAAUAGUUAUGUAUCGUCAAAGUAACGAAUUUCCAAAAACUGACUGAAAUACAUACGGUUACCGUAUAUAUAUAAAUACAUGUAUAUAUGUGUCUAGCACAAUCUGUCUAUGGUCAAAACACUGUUUCUAAAACAUUAAAAUAGUACAUGAAAGCCAACAUUUCUUAACUUGAUGGUUUUACAGUGACACCCUAUGGCAGUGAACAUUUUAUGGUCUGUAGUUUUGAAAUUUAAUAAUUAAUGGUGUAAGUAGAUGUAAUGUUGGUGUGGGGAACAUUUGUAGUCGUUGCCUUCUGAAGUCCAAUGUUGGGUUUCCCUCUCCCCUAAGAAUAUUUAUUGUAAUUCAGAUGUAAACAAAAAUACCACUUCAAAUUUUGUAUCAAACCUUUGAACUGAAAUGUAUACUAAACCCAAACCUUGUCCAAGAUGUACAGAAAUUCUUCACUGUUCCCCCCCCCAAACACUUUUUUAAAAUGAUUUUUUUUCAUGCAGUCUUUAUGUUGUCAAUUUCUUUUGCAUUUUUAUUCACCGAGCUCUAGUUUGCCCAAUGAAUAUUUUAAUCCUUGGAAAUCUUCCCUUGAACCCGGCCUUUUGAAUAGAUGUAGAUCUAUGCCCAGAAAAAUUGAACAACCAAAUGAUAUGUGCCCUGUGUAAGCAUUUUAUACUGGUAGACCAGACAUCGUCCAGAGAUAGCACAUCAUUUGUAAGGUCAUUGCUGGCGAAAGCAAACAAAGAUAGCUCAAACACAGCAUAGCUGUUCAUGCAGUUGCUGAAUCUGACAGAGUGAAACCAGGGACUUGGCGGUGAAAAUCACUCUGAAUUCUCCAUUCAUUGGAGUGAAGAAAUUGCAUUUGAGUUCGUCUGGUCUUUAAUUUCGAUCAGAGGGGGUGAAUUUUUCACUUGAAUGGAUUGAAUUGUCACCCUUUGGAAUUUUGAGAGCAGUUACCAACAGAAAACAAUGCUCCCUUUAUUUGGGUCAUACUAGCAUUUAGUUUGUUGGUGCAUAUGCAACUCUGGUGGCGCGUAGACAAGGUCGUAAUCUUGCACUGGUGAACCAAUUUUACAUUUUUUUUUCUGUCAAGAUAUCGUGUCGUGACAGCACAAGGGGAAAAAAGCUUGCAGUUACCACGGUAACAGCAAGACAUAAUUCCUUGUCACGAUGAUUGUCAAUUGCAGUCUGCGCUUUGGCUUCAAGUUGUCAUUGUUUGCUGUCAAGCGGGACUGAAUCAUUUUUCAUGCGAAAGAUUCAGGUUUGGUUUCACUGCUUUGGGAUUUUUUACAAUCAAGAACUUUUUUUACUAAAUGAAAAUAUGAUUCUUUGUUCUCAUUUAAUCACAUGAACAUGAUCCUUGUGAAUUCAUAUGGUACUAUAUUGUAAUUCCAAAAAUGGACAAGGAACUAAUGCAGACAUGGUGAUGCAUUUCCAAAUUUAUCAAAUAAACAUGGAAAAUUCUAGAGUGCCUGAGAUCAUGUCAGUCUACCGAGGCCAAGCCCAGUCAUUGGAAGUAUGACAACGUUUUCUUUUUGUUUACAUUUUAUGGUUUGGGUUGUUUACCAGACGCUUUUAUAUUCCACUCUUUUUUACAACACAUAUAUUCUCUUAAAUGUGUGAGAAAGUGGAGACUUUUCUCAUUCACGUCCUUUGUACUUGAUGUGUGUAGACACAAUAAACUAUGCGUAGGAGUUAAGUGUUUCUUUUACAUUUGCAAAUUGGAAAUUUGAUAUGACAUUAUCUGUGUUGGAAGUGGUUUCUUUUUUCAAAAACUGUUCCAUUUUGUUCGUAAUUUGAAACUGUGACCACUUGGUGUGUUUUCCACACUGCCCUACCACAACAAUAUGAGGAUCUCACAUGAACUUUAGUUGAAUGGUUCUAAGUCUUUUACUCCAGACUUAUGGGAGAAUUUGAACAGUCAUUAUUCCAUGUCAAAACUUGACCACUUGUUGCUGGAUACUUAGUCUUCUUUCAUAUAAGUAACUUUUGGACUGAUGGGCAUAUCAUUGACUUUGUACAGGUUUGGUCUAAUUUUGUUAUUGACUAUAAGGAGAACUGCCCUCUUGCAUUCUCAAUGCAAAUGCAUCAAAUACUGUCCAUUUGUCCCCCGUACAUCACGAUUAGUGAGUCAAUAUAUGUGCCAAUUCUUCCAGUUCUAAACUGGUUCCAUGCUUGCAGUGGAUGGGUUCCAGCCGUGAGAGAUCCAUUUUUUUUACUUUCAUGAGAGGGAGAAUUCUGUCUCUGAAUAUUCAGCUUCAGUGUUGCACUGUGUGUGAUUUUUUUUUUUUUUUUAGUGAAGUGCUUCUGACUGACUCAAACAUCUGAUGUUGGUUGUGAACCAAGAUGUUACACUCUAAAAAACAGUUCACUCUGUAUAUCUUGCGUGGACUAAGGUCUGCUAGUAGAAUUUCCAUUGAGGACAGAAAAUUCAUUUUUUCCCAGCGCUGGCUCUUGAUCGACCAGUGGUAUUCUUAAUCCACUAUGCACCCCCCCCAUUGUAAUAUUUAAACAGUCAUAUUAAGACUUAACAGAAGUUGUUGAGUAAGAACUGGGGGAGAUGUCAUCAAACCACCCGUGUUAUUGCAGACCCCAAAAAAUUGAAAUAUAACGAGGGAGGGAAAUCUCAUUUCAACCUAGUUUGUUUUUUUUAUCCCAGUGAGACUGUACCUUCUGUCCUGUGAGCCAAUGCAUCAAUUUUUGAGGGGUCAGAAGUUGGCCUUAUACCCCAGCAGCAGUCCGAUUCCUGUUUUUAGCCUGUAGUGCCUCCCCCAUUCGUUGGUAACUUGAUAUGGGAAUGGGAUUAUUUUGAAAUUUCAGAUGAACGCAUCAUUUUCUGCAAAUGACACCUUAUGCGAAGGAUCCCAUUGUCUAGUGACCACAUUGUGAACGAUGUGCCUAAGUACCACCAACUAUAGCAACCACUUUGAUGAGUGAUUCAUUUCGUAAACUUGUCAUUAAAAUGAAUUUACGAUGACCGAUUUGUAGGGGUGUUUUUGUUUGGAGAAAUAUUUUUGGAAGUGUGGCUCUGUAUCCUUGAUAUGUGUAUUACUUAACCAGCUCUUGAUUGUUGCUGUCUGAAGAGUUUUCAAACUCUUUUCUAAGAAAAAAUGAAAAAAAAAAAGAUCACAACUCUCUCUUGCCACCUUUCCAUCGUUUUUGCACUCACGUUGUUGCAAACAUGGUUCACAUUCUUUAAGAGUUAAUAAUUAGCGUAAUAAUACAUUAAUUAAACUGAAACAUUAAUGAACCAAUUGGUGGCGGUAUAACAGUUUAUUGGUUUGGAUUCUUAUAUACUACAGUAUAUGUUUUGAUUUUGAUUUUAGAGUUGUAAUGUACAAGUAGUUAAACAUAAAGAUACUGCCGAGCAGACAAAGAUUGUUAAGAGAAAAAAAACAAUGGUAACUUUGUUAAAGAGACUUCAAAAGUCGGGUUACUUUGUGACAGCUUGCACUUCCUUGUACGUAAUGACACCUAGGAACCAUACGUUUCAAAGUUUGAGAGCAUUCAUUACGGUGGUUGAAUUUUGUAAUUGGUCCAAGCUUGCUGUGUUUUAUUCAGAACUGGAUUGAGGCACGGUGGGAGCGUCAUGGUGUCUCGUGACUAAUCUCAUAUUAGAAGUUGGCAACGAGAUUAAAGCAUGUUCCAAGUGUAAUGCUGACCCCAGAAUGAGCUUGCAAGGGUGCAGAUCAUUAGAAAGUACUGCUAGAGGUGUGUUGAAGCAAUAGUCUGGCUGAAUGUUGUACACAUUGAGGAAUUCCUCAGCCCAAAAAGAAAAACAAAAUUUGCGGUGCUCAGCACUCUUUUCUCAUGUAAAUGUACUUGAGAACUUGCUUUAAAAACUCAACUCUUGCACUGUGUCACUGACUGGAAAAGUACUCAUUGGGAUCUCUUGUCGGGAUGCCUGAAAGUGGGAAAGACAGAAUGCGUAGUUACAUUUCUCCCAGGGACCAUGUUUGGUUAAGUUCACAGGAGUGCAAACUGUGCUCUGGGCAAAAGGUGGUUGGGGGCUGUGUUUGUGAUUUUCAAAAAAUUCAAAAUGAUUCCCAAAAGAUACCUUGGCAUUUUAUUUCCCUUUUCACCUUGUACACAUGGGAAGGAAAGGGUGAAGGUUGGCCAUUUCUAUGCUCGUGAGAAUGAUGAAAAAAAGAGAUGGCUAGGCUGUAAACCCUAGUACAGGUUCAUUGGUGUAGAGCAUUAGCGUCAUGGGCAGUGUAAGCCACUGCCGUGGUCAGGAUAAUAAUAAAGUGGGGCGGUGUCAGGAUACCCAACAAGACGAAAGAAGAAAAAAAAUGGAGUCACAGUUCUAAAUUGCCUGUUGUCAUUUCAACAUUUUAAGCUUUGUAAGAUUUCACAUGCUUUGUAAUCAUUGCUGCUGAGGAUGGUGUGUGGUGUAGGGCAUCCAACUACACUAGAGUGGAGUGGAAGGCCAGUAGAUUAAGAAAUGGCAGUUACAUGUAGACAAAAUCAUCGUCUGGUCAGCCUGAUAUCAUUAUACCCUGUGGAGAUGCAAAGUAACUAUGUGGGUUGAAGUGUGGGAGGUGUAUUUGUUGUUGUCUUGGAACAGGUUAAGUGAUACCUAGCUUCAACGUAGCUAGUAAAUGAUGGUAUGUGUGGCACUUGUAAUGUUUCUUCAGAUCUGACGCAGGUAAAAGAAACAAAUAGAAUAUUGGAAAUGGCAGACGGUUCCCCUCGACACAGUUCACUUAGGUUUUCCCUAACUGCUUUCCUCCAUUUUGCUUCACUUGGCAGUGUAAACGUAAGGUCUGGAGUGAGUUAUUUGAAGCUCGUAUUUGCAGGUGGUGUUCAUUAAUUGGAAACGAUUUGCCUGAUAAGCCACCUCAAUGAAUUGUAGCAAGCAAGCUUGGUCCUGAAAGAGACAUCUCCUCGAUUUCAGAUACUGUAUAACAUGUUUGGGGAUUUUUUGGAGCUUGCUUUUUUUUCCUCAAUACAUUUUAUUUUGCUGUGCAUGCUGCGCAUUGUAGCCUCAAAGGCAUCUUUUACUCGAGAGAUUAAAAAAAAGGAGUUGUGUAGACCAUUCUCUGAGAGACACAGGCUAUGCUGAUCCUUCGGUGCUUUCAAAGAAUGGGACGCACAGCGGAAUAGGAGUGUACGUUCCCAGACCAUACGUAUAUGUGUAAGCUGUUCUUUUCGUCAAUUACGCGCUUUUGAAAGGCUUAAAAAAAAAAAAAACCUGCUUUUUUGUCACUUGUGUUAUUCUUGGAAUAAAUAUUGAAUGAUUGAAAACCA